GCCGAGCUUCGCGCUCCCCCAACGCCUACGUAAGGAAGUGGUUGCAUUGCUCGGAGAGGAAAAGGGAAGUCGGGGCAGGCAACGGCUGCUGCCGCUCGCUCGGCUCCUGCCUUCGUGUCCUCUGCCCAGGGCCCAUGAACUGACCCUGCCCGCAAGCCCGUGAGCCAUGGCCUACCACAGCUUCCUGCUGGAGCCCAUCAGCUGCCAUGCCUGGAACAAGGACCGGACCCAGAUCGCGCUGUGCCCCAACAACCACGAGGUCCACAUCUACCGCAAGGAUGGGGCCAAGUGGACCAAGGUCCAUGAGCUGAAGGAGCACAACGGGCAGGUGACGGGCAUCGACUGGGCCCCCGAGAGCAACCGUCUGGUGACGUGUGGGACUGACCGCAAUGCCUACGUGUGGACCCUGAAGGGCAGUGUCUGGAAGCCCACGCUGGUGAUCCUGCGCAUCAACCGCGCCGCGCGCUGCGUCAAGUGGUCCCCCAAGGAGAACAAGUUCGCGGUGGGCAGCGGCUCACGUCUCAUCUCCAUCUGCUACUUCGAGCAGGAGAAUGACUGGUGGGUCUGCAAGCACAUCAAGAAGCCCAUCCGCUCCACGGUGCUCAGCCUCGACUGGCACCCCAACAACGUGCUCCUGGCUGCUGGCUCCUGCGACUUCAAGUGCCGGAUCUUCUCAGCCUACAUCAAGGAGGUGGAGGAGCGGCCCAGCCCCACGCCCUGGGGCUCCAAGAUGCCCUUUGGGGAGCUGAUGUUCGAGUCGAGCAGCAGCUGCGGGUGGGUGCACAGCAUCUGCUUCUCGGCCAGCGGCACCCGUGUGGCCUGGGUGAGCCACGACAGCACCCUCUGCCUCGCCGAUGCCAGCAAGAGGAUGGCCGUCACCUCCCUGUGCACCGAGACCCUGCCCCUCCUCGCCGUCACCUUCAUCACUGAGAACAGCCUGGUGGCUGCGGGCCACGACUGCUGCCCGAUGCUGUUCACCUAUGAGGAGAGCCAGGGAGUGCUGAGCUUCGGGGGGAAGCUGGAUGUGCCCAAGCAGAGCUCCCAGCGCGGCCUCACCGCCCGGGAGCGCUUCCAGAACCUGGAUAAGAAAGCGAGCUCAGACACGGCCAAUGCCACGCUGGACACCCUGCACAAGAACAGCAUCAGCCAGAUCUCGGUGCUGGCAGGCGGGAAGGCCAACUGCUCCCAGUUCUGCACCACAGGGAUGGACGGUGGCAUGAGCAUCUGGGAUGUGAAGAGCCUGGAGUCGGCAUUGAAGGAUCUCAAGAUCAAAUGAAGGAGCCCUCCAGGAAGGGUGUCCCUGCUGCCAGCCUUGCCUUGCCCUGCUCUGCUGCUCUGCCCUGUGCCGCACGGUGCCACCAGCCAGCCCUGGUGGCUGCUCUGCAAGAAAACAAGCCCUGGUUUUUGUUACCAUCCUCCCCGAUGCUGGUCAUACAUCGCUUAGAGAGCACAAUAAAGGAAGGAAUUCCCUAGAAAA